CAAGGGAAAGUGCAAUUAUUAUUAAGAAUUUUAAGGAGCAUAUCUACUAAAAGAGAUGAUGAGUAUCAAUAUUUGGAAAGAAGUAAGAUACCAACAAUGCAUUUUCAACCAUCUCUACCACGCUUACCUAUCCCAAAAUUAGAAGAUACAUGUAAAAGAUAUCUAAGUGCACAAAAGCCAUUAUUAUCUGAAGACCAGUUCAAAAAGACUACAAUUUAUGUUAAUGAAUUUUUAUCUAAAGAUGGUACUGAACUACAGAGAAGACUGAUUGAAAAGAAUGCAAAAAAUGUUCAUACCAGUUAUAUCAGUAAACCCUGGUUUGAUUUAUAUUUGAAAGACCGUAAGUCUUUGCCGAUCAAUUAUAAUCCCUUCUUAGUUCUUCUACCAACAUCGGAUCCAAAUUAUAAUACACAAUUAGUACAAGCAACAAAUCUUGUUAUAUCAUCACUAAGAUUUAUGAAAUCAUUAAAAGAGAAUAUUCUAAGGCCUGAGAUAUUCUUUUUAAAGCCAAAAACAGCUAACAGUAAUAUAUUUCAAACAACUGCAAAGUCCCUACCACCUAAAUUUAGUUGGUACGGGGCUUAUCUGUUUAAGGCAUUUCCAUUGGAUAUGUCACAGUACCAUAACUUGUUUAAUACGACAAGAUUACCAAAAUUAGAAAAAGAUGAAAUCUAUGAGGAUAAAUCAGGCAAGCAUAUAAUAGUAAUGAGAAAAGGAAAUUUUUUUACCUUUGAUGUAAUAGAUGAAGAUGGAUAUAUUUAUGAACCACAUGCAAUAGCUAGUUGUCUAAAGUUCAUUUUAGAAGACAAUACAUCAGCAAAUGAAUAUCCGAUUGGAGUCCUUACAACAUCAAAGCGUGACUUGUGGGCCGAUGCAAGAAAUCAUUUGUCACAUAUUGGUAAUCAUGAAAUUCUGCAGAAAAUAGAUUCUGCUAUAUUUAUGAUGAUAUUAGAUGAUGAAAGUAUUGGUACUGACAGUAAUAACGUUAUUGGUGUUAACUACAAUAAGUUACUUAGAACGUAUCUUCACGCGGAUGGAACAAACAGGUGGUUUGACAAGUCCUUUUCAUUGAUCGUUACACAAGAUGGACAUGCAGGAAUAAAUUUUGAACAUUCAUGGGGUGAUGGUGUAGCAGUACUGAGGUUUCUUACGGAUAUACAUAAAGAUAUAACUAAACAACCAAGAUUUUGUCGUAGUGAUAUCGAACAUCUUCCACAAGGAGCAAUCAAAGUUAAGAAGCUCCAAUUUAAUAUAGAUAAUAAGGUACAAGACAUUAUUAAUACAGAAAAGAGAAAAUAUGUGGAAUGGAUUAAUGAACUGAAUCUUGAUCAUGUGAUAUUUACUGAAUUUGGCAAAAAUAAGUGCAAAAAGUUUGGAUACAGCAGCAUAUAAACAUGGUCGAACAGAAACGCUUAGAUCUUGUACGACAGAAACGAAGAAAGCAUGCGAGAUGAUAAUUCAGAAAAAUCGCAAUGUUUCCUUGUCCGAACUA